UUUUGCAAAACUUUUAAGAAGUUCUGUGAACGCGUACAAACUUUCUAAAUGUCAGUUACAAAAGACCUCGAAACUUUCUUAUUUCUCGUUUUUCUAGUUUUCUAACAUAAAAUUAAGUGUUAAACGAUCGCGUUGACAUUUGAUUCAACCAACUUAAUUUCCUAUUUAUAAAAAUCAAUUCAAAAUGAGUGUUGUAUAGUGGAUAAAAUAGUUAAGUGAAGUUAUUGUGAUGGUGCCGCAGCAGCAGCGACGGAGACGUCGUCGUGCGGCGCUGGCGCGGACAGCUGAGCGGCGUGUGGUGGUCGCUCGUGGGGCUGGAGGUUUCGGGUUCACGAUAGCAGGGCAGCGGCCGUGUGUGGUGUCUGCGGUGGCGGCGGGCGGGCCGGCGGAGCGCGCUGGGCUGCGGGCUGGGGACGCCUUGCUAGCUGUGGAUGGAGCAAGUGUGGCGAGGGCACCGCACGCAUCGGUAGCUCGCCUGGUCGCGGCUGCUCCUGGUGCUAUUGCCUUGUCCGUGUCUCCUCGAGAAGCGCCUCCUACAGACACGGAGGAUACCGAGCCUGAUGAGCGGGCUCGGACGAGGAGACGACACCCGCCGCCCAGGCGUAGGCCUCAAGCAAUGCUACACCAUCCAGGUUGUCAUGCGGCACCAAGCACGUCGGGCGUCAACGAGAUCCUUCAGAACUUGAGCCGAGCUCAGUUGACCCCGAACCACGCAGCCCGCCUCGAGUGCCGCGCUGUCGUCGGCUACCUGGGCACCAUCGAAACACCACAAGCAGCCUCUAACGCCGCCCCGGGAGAUGUGAGAAACGCAGUCAGAAAGCUAAGACAAGAGCGACGGCCAGCCGCACCUGUCCUGCUAUCUGUUCUCCCUAACUCCUUACUUCUUCGUCGACCAAACGGCCAGGUUCUGGCACAAUACCAACGUGAAAGGAUAGUCUAUGCUGGCUGUGGUUCUGAUGCUGAUCGAAGGUAUUUUGGCCUCGUGACGUCUGCCGAGACCUCAGAAGCAGAAGCCUCGCAUAGUUGCCACGUUUUUGCUGUAGACCCCCGAAUGGCUGAACACGAAGCUCAUAUUACCAGAGCCAGAGAGUUUCAAAUUGUUUGCACUAGAGAUCCAGUCGCCGAAAGAUGCCUGGAAUUUCCACCGUCAGCAGAAUAUGUUAUCGGCGUCAUAAGAGGCAUGUACUCCUUGCCAGCUGAAGAUUGCUCGAGUCCAAGUUUGCAGCAGAUAUCUAAAUUAGCAGCUAAGGGAGAUAGUCCCGCACUAGGCAACUUUUCGAGAUGUAAUAGGCCUGUGUUCCGAGUACCGCGAGAUCGACGGCCUUGUAGACACGAGGAGAGGAUAGAAGCUCAAGACUUUGUUGCGAACUCGCCACAGCCAAGCAACCACAGUGAAGUGACGACGACCUCUAGUAAUAGCGAUUCAGGAAUCGGCUUCCAUAACGACUGCCGAAAUAUUGCGGAUAGAAUACUUGUAGUAGACUUCGCGGGUCAGCAAGCUGCCCCUAACAGAUUCCGACAGGAAAUGCCUCGACGACCAAUAGGACUAGUCGGCUGCAGUAGUUUCGAGGCUGAUGGCUCAUUCCUCUCCAACACGACGCCCGUCGUCGAUGGAUUUGGGGGUCAAGGCAGACCCCUAAAUUUAGAUGACGUAAUUCUAAACGCAAACGAUCUCCAAACGGUCAGACACGUUAGUCCUCGGAAUGAGGACGACAACUACAAUUACAAUAACCUCUAUGGGAAUAUACCUUCAAGUUCUAGGGGUUACGUAAACGGUGCGGUUUACGACCAAGUGUAUACGGAGACUGAGGGGCAUCACUACGAGUUUAUCCCUCCACAAUUAGACAUGGAUUUGGAGAUCGACCGGGUAGCUGAGACCUUUAACUCUGUAGAGAUUUAUGAGGAAAGAUCUCGUCAUCCGCCUGACUGGCAGUCGAAUGAGUCUGUGGAGAACGUGACGGUGAUAUCGGGUGGUACGAGCAAGGCGAGCAUGGACUCCGUGUCGGUGUACUCGUCCAGGUCUCACGAGGAAGCCAGGCCGUCGCGGCGGCGGCACAUGCAGGCGUCGCUAGACGAUAUGCUGGUGCUGGGACUCCGUGAGCCACCACCAGUCAGAGAUAAAGAUGAUGAUAAUUUUGUUCAUCCUGGCAGUGUUAAAUGCAAGGUCAGGAAAUCAAUCAAACCUCUAAACCUCCUAUCGAAGACGAAACACAUGCUGACCGGCAAGGACCGAGACCGGCAGAAGGAGGAGCGGCGGCGCGCGCUGAGCGCCAGCGCCGGCGACGUGUGCGGGGCCGGCGCCGCGCAGGGCGACGCGCUGCCCGCCGCCGCCAGCGAGCCCGACCUCAGGGACACGCAGAGCGAGCAGUCUUCGCCGUUCCGACGCUGGACGACUGGCAGCGGCGCCGGCAGCUCCUACCGCCACCACGAACACCGCAACAUGUAUAAUAAGCAAAUGAGCGAGGGCUCGCCACAGGUGUCCAGCUCGGGCGGCGGCUCCAACGUGUCGCGCUGGUCGCUCGGGCUCGAGCACCUGCUGGCCGACCCCGCCGGCGCCGCCGCCUUCGCGCACUUCCUAGCCAAGGAGUUCGCCGCUGAAAACAUCAGAUUCUGGUGGUCGUGCGAGCAGUACGCGGCGACGUCGGACGCGUCGUGUCGCGGCGCGCUGGCGGCGGAGAUCUGGCAGCGCCACCUGGCGGACGGCGCGCCCGAGCCCGUCAACGUGGACGCGGCGGCCCGGCGCGCGGCCGCGCUGCUGCUGGCGCACGACCCGCCGCCCACUGAGCUGUUCCAACAGGCUCAGAAGCAGAUCUUCAACGUGAUGAAGUUCGACAGCUACCCGCGCUUCCUGCGCUCGGCGGUCCACGCGGAGUGCGCGCGCGCAGACCUGCGCGGGCAGCCGCUGCCCUACGCGCAGACACGGGAACCUGACACUGAUACUACUAAGUUAAAGAAAUCAGCCAGCAACGCGUCAGAGCGUCGUCGCAGCGGCGGCGGCUCGCUGUUGCCAUGGAAACUGCGCCCCGGACGGGAGAGGUCCAACAGCACGCAACCUAACGAACAGCCACCUAUCACUGAUGUGGUGAAAUCAAGUCAGUCAGCCCCCGGGCAGUGCUCGCUGUGCCGCGUGGUGCUCCCGGACGGGGCCACGUCCGUGGUGGGCGUGGAGGCCGGCGUCACGGUGGGCCGGCUGGUCGACCGCCUGCUGCAGCGGCGGAACCUGCUCUGUACCACUUAUGAUGUACUGCUCAAAGAUGCCAAUCAGGGCACAUCGAGCACAGUAGACCUGUCGUCCCCGUCCACAGUGCUGGGCGGGCGCGAGGCGCAGGUGGAGCGGCGCUGCGUGGUGCGCAUCGAGGUGGGCGCGCGCUGCGUGGCCGUGCGCUGUCGCGCCGCGCGCCGUCUGCGCCACGUGCUGCGCCCCGUGCUGGCCCGGUACGCGCCCGCCGCCGGGGCCGCGCCCGCCGCCGGGGCCGCGCCCGCCCGCGCCGUGCUCAGGGACGGACAGCUGCUGCAUCCCGACACCACCAUGCAGGAGUUAGACGGCGCCCGCCUGCAGAUAGUAGAGGUGUCUGACAGCGGCGAGUACCGCGCGGCCGUCGGAGAGGCGCGUCUGGACACUCGCGACGACGACGCGGACUCGCUCAGCGACUUCAACGCGUACGACGCGCUCAGGCACCAAGACGAUCAGCAGAGUGUGAGCACAGCUAGCGGCAGCAGUCGCGGCAGCGCGGGCGCGUCCGGCCGCGUGCGGGCCGCGCUCAGGCCCGGCCCGCCGCUACAUCACCAUCCACCUGAUUUCCUGGAGAAUCUCCGCGAGACCCAGCGCCAGCGACUGCAGAACAAGUCUCCCCCGGCAGUGGGCGGCGCGCCCCCCUCGCCGCCGUCCCCGCCGCGCUCGCCCGCCGCCGCGCGCGCGCCGCCGCCGCUGCCGCCCAAGCCCAGCCUCAGGCAUGCGCCCACCGUCGUCUGAGGGACCCAGCUCCUCACUGGCUACAGACACAGGGACUCAAGUCCCACUGGACCCGUGUCCCACAGGGCGCACGUGGAUUAACGGCCACGUGUCCCCCAGGACUCGAGUCAGUACAGACUGAACACGCCCAGGCCACUGAGGCACGAUAAAGGACCAAUCCACACGCCUCAAGCUAGCUUACCUUGGGCCUCAUUCUGAUGAGUUCAGAAUAUAAUGCAGCUCGCCACGUGAAGAGAAAAUAUCACUAGAAAGUGAUAUUAAAUGUUGUUUCUAGAUUACAUAAUGUUAUAGCUGAUUAAAAUCACAUGUUUGUAUGAAAUCGUCGUCUAUAACUUUAUUUCUCGAGUUGAAACGUGAUUAAAUGUAAAUAUUGAAUGAGCUGUUUUAAUCAAUCUCAUAAUUUAAUGUACAAAAUGUUUGCCAUUGUCUUUCUAGACACGAACGGAUGUCUAUUGAAAUAUAACUAAACAUUAUCAUAAAAAGACAUAAUAUAUGUAGUUGAAAUAUAAAAGAAAAAUACAAAUAACAAAAAGCCGAAAGCUCUUUUUUUAAGCACAUUGCUCAUUCUACCAAAAAGAGUUUAAGAGUAUAUAAACUAAUUGUAUAUACAAAAGGCUGGAAUUUAAUUGUUAGUUAUAUUUCAAUGUGAUAUUACGUUAUAAAGCAAAGAUCAACCUAGAUUAAGCGUACAUUAACAUGUAAAUACAAUAUUUGUAUUACUUUUGGUGCCUUCCAUAGAUUUAUGUUGCACUUGAAUGAAUGGGAUUGCUUUACACACAGACAAUUAAUUAUAUCAAUUCAUCCGUCUUACUUAACCAACUACGUAAGUAGGUUAAAAUUUUUGCAUAAACAUUAUUUUAUACUUACAAAAUGAUAUCAGCUUUGAAAACCUUAUUACAAGGGACUAAACACUAUGAUAACUUAACAAAUAAUUACAGCUAAUAUUGGUAUACAGUCGUGGUCACAUACAUAUCAGAUUGACAAAACUAUCACGACUGUUACCGACGAAAACAAAUAAAUAAAUGAUCUUUAAUUUUGUCACCUAUUAAAAAAAUGUUGUUAUGUGUAAAAGAGUUGAGUUGUGAUUUUAUUGUCAUGAUAAAAAGUAUUAACAACUUAUUAUUGGGAGUAGUUUUUAUAAGCAAGCAAUGACUUUCCUUUCCUAAGAACUCAGAUGAUGAAAUUUAUCUGGUUACUUAUUUGAUUGACAUCAAAAUCCAGUGAGAUUGUGUUUUAUAUGGAUGCUUUGCACUUGGGAUGAAGAGAAUAAUGUAUAAAUGUACUAAAGUAACAGUUUUAUAAGUUAACGUCGGCACAAAAUCAGAACAAUAUAAAUAAAGUAUAUUUGAUCUUAAAAUAGGUAUGCUCAAACUAAAUUACCUAUUUAACACUAGAAUGAACGAUGGUUAUUUUUUACCCGACUGCGCCCAAGAAAGUAAUGUUUUAAGAGAUCUUUUUGUGAUGUUGUGCCUUGACUUAUAAAACGUGUCAUUCGGGUCUGCUUUAAUAUAAUUAAUAUUACGGUAUUGUACUUUAGUUUGCCGAAUAGUCAGUAGUUAAUUUAUUGUAAAUGAAUUGAGUGAGUCCCGCAGAGUAUACAUUAUAAAAAUAAAAUGAUAAUAUAGA